GCGUCUGCGUUCAAUUCAUGGUUCGAGAAUGCCGAAGAGGAUCUGACCGAUCCGGUUCGUUGUAACUCGCUUGAAGAGAUCAGUGCAUUACGAGAAGCACACGCUGAAUUCCACAAAUCGCUAUCGACGGCUGAAGAAGAUUUCAAGCAAUUGCAACAACUUGAUAAACAAAUUAAGUCAUUCAAUGUUGGUCCAAACCCGUACACGUGGUUCACUAUGGACACGCUUGAAGAGACAUGGCGAAAUCUGCAAAAGAUCAUUAAGGAACGAGAGCUGGAACUGCAAAAAGAACAUCGCCGUCAGGAAGAUAACGAUAAGUUGCGUCGUGACUUUGCACGUCAGGCGAAUGCAUUCCAUCAGUGGCUGACUGAAACUCGUACGGCUAUGAUGGAGACCAGUGGAACGCUGGAGGAACAACUCGAACUGCUCAAAAGAAAGAUAAAAAUGCUUCGUGCAGAACUCAACUUUAGUGUUCAAUAA